AUGAAGAACGCUUUCAAGUGGAGCGAGGGGCCACGUCAGUUCCAGCUCGAAGGUGUGAGGGCCCAGCUUGAAGGCACGGACACCAUCAUUCAAGCACCCACCGGCUCUGGGAAGACAGCGAUUGCGGCAGGUCCGUAUGUGUGGCCAGGAAAUGCCGAGAAGACCACGAUUAUGGUCAGCCCGCUGUUGGCACUGGAGGAGGAGAUGGUCGGUACAUUCCAGACCGAGUUCGGGCUACCUGCAGUCGCAGUCAAUAGUCAAAGUGAUCCCCAAAAAUUGCGAGAGAUCAUAAAAGGCAUUUUGCAAGCCCAAUACCGAAUUAUCCUCAUCUCGCCUGAGAUGCUACAAUCCCGCAUGUUCAAGGAUCGCGUUCUCCGUAACCAGAAAUUCACAUCGCGGGUGCUGAGCAUCGUGCUUGACGAAGCACACUGCCUCUCGCACUGGGGAGCAAACUUCCGGAAGCACUACAAUAGCCUGGGCACAGUACGCGCCUUCCUCCCCCCUGGUACCCCCAUCAUCGCUGUCACAGCCACACUCACCGCACGCGUCCGGCGCGACCUGCACUCCAAGCUUCACUUCCCGAAGCUUGGCAGCAAGUUCAUUAACAUUGGUAAUGAUCGACCCAAUGUCUCGAUCGUAGUACGGGCAUGCGAACAUCCACAGAACACCUUCGCCGACCUCGACUUCGUCCUGCCCACUUCCAUCAGUUCCCCACAGGACAUCCCGAAGACGUACGUCUAUGUCGAGAACAUCGAGACCGGCAAUGACAUCAUCGACCACCUCGAGGCGCUCCUCCAGACACGCAAUCCAUCGCUCGCCAACUCCGGCCUUAUACGCCCCUUCAAUGCGACGAUGUCGCCGGAGUAUCGGAACGCGGCCAUGGCCGCAUUUCGCGACAACUCCAACUUCAGUUCUAAUAGUGACGAGGACAUCGGACGCGAGCAUCAUCAAAACCAGCCAAUACGCAUUCUCGUGUGUACAGAUGCGGCAGGAAUGGGCUGCAAUGUCCCUGAUAUCGAUCUUGUAGUUCAAUGGAAGCUCCCCGCGAAACUCUCCAACUUCAUACAACGAGCUGGCAGAGCAGCACGAGGCCGAGGGCGAACAGGGCUGGCGAUCCUCCUCGUUGAACGCUCUGCAUAUUCGACUGAUAUACAGUCUUCAAUUGACAGCCCACUGGAGGAGCCUCAGGCUCGGCAGAAGCCCGUCAGCCGUGUCGCCAAAAGCCGUGGGACACGAGGCCGGAACGUUAAGUCGACAAGCAAGAAGGCUGCCAAAGGGUACGCGGAGCUACAUGGAGUGAAUCGCGGGAAUAGCACCGGCAAUGCCGACGGACCGCUGAAUCCUCGCGAUCAGCCGCAUCUUGAUCGUGAGGGAGAAGACGAGGGCCUCUUAGCAUUUGUACAGAGCACCCGAUGCCGCCGAGGAGUAUGGAGGGACAUGUACGAGUGCCCGCCUCAGGUGCCCGUUUGCGAUUCGACAACGCCCGGCUCGCAACGUACUGUGCCCUGCUGUGAUCUCUGCGACCCCACGCUGUUUGCUCGUACUCGACCACCACGCCUCACACGACCUGCCAAAGCCGUGUCACAAACAUACGGCUUAUCUCACCCAAAGGCGCAGAGUGCACUCGAGCAGUGGCGCAGUACGACACUCGCACGAGAUUAUCCACAGGCCAUCUUCGGGGCCAGCGCACUGCUUGACGAUGCGAUCAUCGAAAAGCUGACUUCAGUGGGACCAGUAACACCCACACAAGCCAAAGAGAUGCUCAAGGGGUGGCUCUGGCGAGAUGACUACGAAGGCGAGCUCUCUGAUCUUCUCUGUUCGUUGAAUAUCCCCUUCUACCCGAAGCCUAAACCACCCAAGAAACCUCGGGCUACACAAAAAUCAGCCACUAUGAAACCAGCAACAAAGCGGGCAGCUCCGGAAGUGAACACUGCCGUCGUCACGGGUGAAUCCCCGCAGGCAGAUUCGGACGCAAGACCGUUGAAGCGACAGCGUCCGGUUGCCAAUGUAAGCCGUCACGAGUCUAUCACUGGUGAACACACUGACCGUGAUUCACAUUUAGAUUCCUGUAACCGAACGUGA